ACGACUCUGUUGUCGACCCAACAACAGUCCGAGAUCACCCGACACGGCAAACAUGGCGUUGGAUUUCGCAGCCACGUACAAGGUUCUGGUGCUGGGCGACUCAAACGUCGGCAAGACCUGCAUCGUGCAUCGCUACUGCGACGAACGGUACUACGACACUUACAUCUCGACGAUAGGUAUCGAUUUCAAACAGAAGAUCAUUAACUUAGACGGCACGCCGAUAAAAUUGCAAAUAUGGGAUACCGCCGGCCAAGAAAGAUUUCGAACUUUGACAACGGCGUACUAUCGCGGUGCCAUGGGUAUCCUUUUGAUGUACGACGUCACUAGUUUGGAGAGUUUUAACCAUCUGUCUUACUGGCUACGAAAUAUCCAAGAAAAUGCGUCACCGGACGUAGUAAAAGUUUUGGCAGCCAACAAAUGCGACGCGACCGCGCACCGCGCCGUGGACGCUGAGAGAGGUCAGAAGAUCGCGGAGAACUUCGAUAUGCCCUUCUUCGAGGUAUCGUGCAAGGAGAACAUAAAUAUCGAAGAAGCUUUCCUCACUCUAGCCAGAAGGAUACGGGAACAACGAGGCCGGCGGGCCAGCCUGUUCGAGGCCUCCGAGAGAGAAGGCGCGGACAGUGUGAUCAAGGCGCAGUCCCCGUCUCAACAGGGUGAUGCCUGGAGGAUGGAGGCGAUAGUGGAGUAUAACUACGUGGCGCAGGAGGACGACGAGUUGACCCUGAGAAAGGGUGACAUCAUCACCGAGAUCAAGAUGAUGCUCGGGGGCUGGUGGGAAGGCACUUUGCGAGAUAAGCGUGGCAUGUUUCCUGACAAUUUCGUUAAGGUAUUAGAACCAUCAUCAACCAGUGGUGGUAGCAGCAACAAUGAGACUAUAAUUAGCGUCAAGUCUGAUGAGGUCACUUUGAGAAACGGUUCUAGCAGACGUCUCUGCAAAGUCCUCUUCAGUUAUGAACCUUGCAAUGAGGAUGAAUUAACUCUAGUACCGCAAGACUCCAUAGAGUUCUUAGGAGAAGUGGAAGAGGGAUGGUGGAGAGGUCGUCUCAGAGGUAAAGUCGGUGUGUUCCCUUCCAACUUUGUUUCCCCUCCUGUUCCUGAGGAGCAGGACAAGCAUAAGGAUCGAGAUAAAAAGGAGAUGUGCAGGGUACUCUUUCCUUAUGAGGCUGCUAAUGAGGAUGAACUCACCUUCAUCGAGGGAGAGAUCAUCACACUUUUAUCCAAGGAUGCACCAGACAAGGGUUGGUGGAAGGGAGAAUUGAAUGGACAUGUGGGCUUGUUCCCUGAUAACUUCGUGGAGGUUAUCGGUGGGAAGAAUGAACACCAAGAAUCAGACCAGUGGCACGAUUCAACGUCGGUCAGUACAAAAUUGAGCAUUAGGCAUUCCCACCAAGUGAAGAAAAGCGAGAAGGCGCACGUUAGAAAAAGUUUGGACUCUAGGAAUGUGCAUCCGAGUAAUAUAUCAGAUCACUUUCCUGUCAUAGACAGCACUAAAAAGGCCCUAUCGACGUCGUCUUCCUCCAUAUCGACAUCAUCGACAGUUGCCGGGACCGGAACUGCAGGCGGUGAUAAGAAAGCGGUUAGUGGCCACUCGAUCAUAUCGAGCCUGAAACGUCUCGUGAGCGACGUGGGGAAUAAUAACGGUAUCGGAAACACGAGUGCCGCUUUGGGCGAGGAGCUAGACGGAGUGGAGCGAGGGGAGGGCGCGCCGCUUUCGCAUUUGACAGCUUCUCGCGCUAAAGCGCCUCGCCGACGCCCGCCUUCUUCGCAACAUCUGCGCCAUCACGCUGCUGGCUCCGGUAGUGUGAACGCGGUCCUUACGCUACCUGCCGUUCCCAGCACUACACUGGAGGAUGAUUUAUCUAAUGGGCGUGCCGAUACCAUGUUGGAGCAAAUAGCGGAUGAAGAGACAGAUGGGCUUGCGGCAAAAGCGAAGAGAAAAGCACCAUGGGUCGAGGAAUUAAAGAUGAAUCAGAUGGAGAGGAGGAAGACUGCGGUCGAGCGGACAGACAAAGUAGAAGUGAAGAAAGAACGGAAUUUCUCACGAUUGAUGACGCAAACGAACGUCGUGGAUCCUGUCAAUAAAGCGGACGCUGACAACGACGAUAGUAAACAGAAAGAGGCAAAAAGUCCGAGAGCCGACCCAAGCCCCCACACUGACAACAGUCCCGCUACGCCAUCCGGACAGCCGGCCUACGUUCCAUAUGCCCUUUACAGCAAGUUAUUGGAAAGGGUCGCCGCGUUAGAAGAGAAGCAAGCAGUAUUGCAACUGACGGUAGGACAACUCUCCGAACAGCUCGUACCUCUCCUUGCGAAUGCAUCGAUUAACAGCAAAGUAUAAUACGUAUCGACAUAAAAGAGAGUGAGAGUGAGAGAGACAGGGAGAAAGAGAGAAAAAUCGAUAGUAUAUUUAUCUGCCCGUACUACCAGUGUGUUUUCUCAUUGCGCCAUUAAUGAGAAAGGAACUAAUGCUGCUGCUAGCAUAUAAUGUUUAUUGCUAUAUUAAUGUUGUUAUAUAUUUAUUCAGUUUUUGGUAGCAUCCGUUUAUUGUUUGCUCCGUCAAUGCAGUAUUCGUGUGGGCCGAUAAAAAAAAGAACGCAACAUUCCAUACGACAUUCUUCGCCUAUAGAAGUAUUAUAUCUUGUCACUCUUGAUUUGCCGAUAAUUUUAACAGAUCUCACUCUGACUGCCUUUGUAUUUCCCCCUUUCCCGUCUUGAUAGUCUCGGCUGUUUUAUAACUGUUUGCUCGUAGUAUUCGCGGUAUGACGACUUCAAUCGUGACGGCUCCAUUUCCUUUAAUUUUAAGCUCACGACACAUAUCAGAAACUCGCGCGACAUAAAUCCUCAAUGUAUAUUUGCACAAAUUUUAGAUCGUUGCGACGAAACCUUCCUCCCCCACAUUAUAUCAGUAGCACGACAAAUCUUGCGACGUAAAGUUCCAAAAACAAAAAAAAAAAAGAAAAAAAAAAAAGAAAAAGAAAAUGGCGCAAGUGUCCUUCCAAGUGGGUGUCCGUGCUCAGUUUUACCAAUCUGCAUUUAAUUUGUUGUUUUAUAUAUUACUCAUUUUUUGUGUGAAUUCGCGUAUCUUCUAAGAGAAUUUACGCGAGAUUGCUGAUUAUUUUAAUUUUAGUGUCAAGCGAUAAGGAAUCGUAGAGGAAGAAAACGAGUACUUAAAUUCGUAGUUCUCGAUAGGGCGUAAGAAUAUCAAUUGUGAUCCUUUCAUCUUUUUUGUCCAACGAAUACAGCUGCCUCGCGAUCGUUGCGUGAUGAUUUGCCGUAAGUUUCUUGAGUAAUCCGUGUGCCAACGCAAAGCAUUUCUGUUCGUCGUAUUUUUCCGGGAUGCCUCAUUCGACGAUAGGAGUAAGUGAUACCCUUGUCGAUCGUUUCGGCAAGUGAUAUAUCACCGAACUGUGACUAGUAAUGACCCGUACAAGCCUAAGUCGACACGUACGUCGAGCCAUUAUUUUCCACCCGCUUAUCAAAGCAUAUUCCAUUUUUGAGUAUGUCUUUGAAACGGUGCUAAUAACGCGAUAUGUGAUAUAUCGUAGUGUGUCGCAUGGUUAUAAUGUACACGUUUAGGAAUGAGGCAGCAAGAGAUCCGUGAGAAAUAGCUUCUGUUGUUUUGAAUGAAAGUAUCGUGACAGAACGAUAAAAGCUCUAGGCGCCCUGUAGCCCACUUAGAGACAAGAAAAGAAAAAGAGGAGAAACGAGAAAAAAAACGACAGAUUAGCAGGUUUAUUCGAUGUAAUCGCGAAUCGUGUUGACUAUGAAGAAGAAAUGAUGUUUUUAUUUUUUUAUGACGACGGAAUUUUAAGUGGAUAUGGUAAAAGUAACGAAGAUUUAUAGAUAUAUGAGAGAGGAAUGCGAGAGAAACGAGAAACGCUAUUUAGUUUUUUAUAUCGGUAUUUCACGAGACAUAGUUGAUGCUUUAGCUAACAAUAGCGGACUGAAAGGUUUUCCUCCGAUAGCAAGUCAGGUUGAUACAAAUAUCUAUAUCUAUAUACAUAUGUAGGUUUUAUUCUUUUCUGUUGAUUUUUCUGUCUUUUUUUAAAGAGAACCAUGUGUGAGAUUGAUGUGUCAUGCAAAUAAUUGUGAAGUCUAGCAGAAUCUAGGAUUUUAACGCAUUUAUUUGGUCGUUGAAUGUAUUCAUUUGUUGAGUCAUCAUUCGUCAGUGAACUACGCAAUAUUCAACGCUUGUGCAACAAAAUCUAUACUUUUUUUGCAGCGACUCAGUCACUCAAUGGCGUGUCUCGCGAAUUUAAUCGUAUUUACACUUGACAUUUGUAGUCUCGAUAAUCUCGCGAGAGAAAAUUUGUGUUUGCGUAUAAACGAAGUAUUUCUUUGUCUCAAAUUUAUUUUCACGGAUAAUAACGUUUUAAUUGUUAUCGAUUGUGUAUCAAAAGUCCGUCCCCGAAACGCCGAAAAGAGAUCAAUGAGCAGAUUCAUCGUAUAAGUUGUUCCCCUUAAGGCUGUAAUAUCUUCGUAAAGUGCAUUUCUUAGUGGAAACUUCGUACGUUGAGUAAUUUUAUAAUGUGACUGUUUUGUUUCUUUAUAUUCCUUUGCCUUGAGGAAAGUAUUAUUGUUAGUGUAUCGUUCAUAGUGUUUAUUUAAAGUAGAUUGAUAUGCACAUAUACUGGAAUUAAAAAAGAAAAUUUUUACAUCGCGAAGUAAAUUCGUGAUGAUCAGUUAUGACAAAAGUUGAGUGAUAAUACACGGUGUAUAUAGUAACUAUUAUACUCUUACCUAAUAGAUAAAAGCAUAAUAAAAUAAAAACAUAAUAAAAUACAUACACUUUUUUUAAAUCCUCCGUCGCAGUUGUGACGUCGGAUAUCUCGUGUACUAUCACUUUAAUUCGUGUCGUAACCGAUUAUCGCACAAGCUCAUGAGUAACGAACUCGUAAUCGUGACCACUUCUCGUGAUGUGCUUCUAACUUCGCCGGAAAAAGCGUGCGCAAACUGUUAAACAAUUGAAGAAGCGUACAAUUAUAUGAGAAUAGCUUCCACAAAGUUCGACAAGCUAUAAGACCCGAUCUACAAUAGAUGCAGUAAGGAGUAGGAGUAGGAGUAAAAAGUAAGCAGUAAGUAAAUGGACCAAUCACAAUCGAUUAUUCUUAAAUCGUGAGAAUGGAAUUGGCCAAUUUGCUUACUGCUUAUUUCUCACGCCUAUUCCUACUCCUUACUCCAUCUAUUGUAGAUCGGGCCUAAUUGAUUAACGAAAUCGCCUUUAACAAUGUAAGGAUCUGCCUGCGUUUGCGGGAUAUUGUCAGUCAAAAAGUUCAGUUUGUAAUUCCGUCUUCUCCGACGGCAAAUCGAUCACUAUUACCUUCAUACGAAUUUCGUCAAAACUUUGACGAUAUAUCAUAGACUACGAUGGUAAUCACUCAAUCGACGAAUAAUUCGUUGUCGUUAAGCACAAUGAAGUCAGAUUUGACUGAGAAAUCGAAAUUUUUUGACUGACUCGGUAGAAUCUUGCGGAUGAUUUCGCGAAGCGCUUACUUUCUGCCCAAUUUCACGCGAGACUGCUUUCGUUGAAUGACAAAAAUUUGACACGUAACUAACGUUCGUUUCUAACGUGAUAACCAAGGGCAACUCUCUUAAUCGGCAUUUAACAUUGACCAUGCUUACGAAAA